CUCUUGAGUCCCUCGCUCAUCCCCCAUUAUCCAGAAAGCAGCUAAAGAGCCUGGACAAGAUGUCUGAUGAGGAGGAGGUGACUUAUGAAGAGGAGGAGGAGGAAGAAUAUGUUGAAGAAGAAGCAGAAGAGGAAGUGGUGGUCCCUGAGCCACCAAAACCUGCCCCUCCUGCAGCUGCUCCACCUCUUAUCCGCCGGCGCUCCUCAGCUAAUUAUCGGUCCUAUGCCACAGAACCUCAGGUUAAGAGAAAACCCAAGAUUUCCGCAUCACGGAAGCUCCAGCUGAAGAGUCUGAUGCUGCAGAUUGCUAAGGCAGAAAUGGAACGCGAGGAAGAGGAGAGAGCUCGGGAGAAAGAGAGAUACCUUGAAGAACACUGUGAGCCUCUACAACUGUCCGGCUUGUCCCUAUCUGAACUGCAGGACCUGUGUCGGGAGCUUCACGCAAGAAUUGAUGUCGUGGAUGAAGAAAGAUACGACAUGGAGGCUAAAGUGAACAAAAACAUCUCUGAGAUUGAAGACUUGAAUUUAAAGAUCUUUGACCUCCGUGGCAAGUUUAAAAAGCCAAACCUCAGGAGGGUGCGCCUUUCUGCCGAUGCCAUGAUGCGGGCGCUGUUGGGCACCAAGCACAAAGUCUCUAUGGACCUACGGGCUAAUCUCAAGCAGGUCAAGCAAACCAAAAAGGAUGACGCAGACAAGGAUAUAAGAGAAGUAGGAGACUGGAGAAAGAACGUUGAUGCCCUGAGUGGUAUGGAGGGCAGGAAGAAGAAGUUUGAAUCCACUGGAGCUGUCCCAGUUUAAGAGAGAUUUCAAAUGGAAGUCACUUCUGGACUGAAACUGGACAAUUCUUCUACGUUUGUGUACCAAGGCUGUUACUCAGCAAUGGCCAGAGCUGGGACCCUAAUAAAGCAUCCUGUCAGAGAAUAUCAUGGCUGCCUGUAUCUGUUGUUUGAAUCCUCAUUCUUCUACCCAAAUAUGUAACUACUGGCAGAGUGAAUUAUUUCUGUUUCUUGCAGCACAGCUAAUUAUUUCUUGCCACUGUUCUGUGACGAAGCAACUCAUUAAAUGAUAUAUUGUAGUUAUCA